AUGCCUCCCCUGGACCUCACCUUCGGCAUCGAGCUGGAAUUCUUCGCUGUACACGAUGGCUCGCGAAACGCCGGAAUCACCAUCUUCGAGCGCUUGGACGCCGCCGGCAUCCCGGUAACAGGCCAUGAGAGCGACGGUGCUUUACAAGAGUAUCGUCUCAAAUUCGAACCCUACCAGCGCUGGAACGUCCACAUCGACUUUCAGGAAUUGACUGACACCGAGCGCUCACUCCUGCCCGACGGAUGGAUCGUCGAGCCCAUCGAGAUUAGCUCCCGCAAGUUUCCGUUUUCCUCUCCCGACUGGAAGUCGGAGGUUGCUAACGUGCUGCAGAUCCUGCGUGAGAUCGAGCACGAGAAGUGUCGCAUCAUCACGAAUGAAAACUUUAUGCCACUCCGAACCUGCAAGAACGUCUUCCAGCUCUUGACCGCAUUCGAACGGCACAUUGACGCCUACCACUUGCCGGAACGCUUCAUGCCUCCGGCACUUUUUAACCCACCGGAUGUAGUUCACGCUCAGCGGUACCACCUGCCUCCUUCGGUCUUCCACAGGACGAGCUGCGAUUCUCAAACCGAUACCCACAGAAUCGACGACCGCCUUCUCAUCCUUCGCCUCGGCGACAUCGAGAACACAAGGAUCAUCGAACAAGUGAUGAAAAUCUUCAUCCUCGGCAUCCCAAACGAGCACGGCCGCGUGACAUGCGGCCAUAACAGCAGCAUCAACUUCGACAACUGCUCAAAGCAGAACCCGAUCAUGUUCGGGGAGGAAAAGUACAUACCCACCGGCACGAUCGAAUUCCGCGGUCACGCCGGCACACUCGACCUCCUCACCAUCUUGAAGUGGAUCGCAUUCACGACCCACAUCGUGCAGUACUGCCACAACACCCCCGACGCGGAGUUCAUGUACUUCCUCACCGGCGGCUGGGACAGCGGCUUCACCCUGUGCAAUUUACUGAGCGCCCUUAACCUCCCACCAGAAGUCUUCUUCGACCACGCAAACGCCCACGCACUCAUCGGCGUGCUUCCACCGAUCCAAACCGCCGCUCCCGUCCCAGCACCCGAGAUCGCCCCGCUCAUCCAGCAGAACAGCGCCGACUACGCCCGGCGCUCCAACCCCCUCGCCAACGCAUCCGCUAUCGCACGCAAGCGAGCGGACAAAUGGUACGGCAUCCACCCGACCCUCGAUGUGCAGCCUCCGUCGCGAGAGGAGGUGAGGGAGAUGCUCGACAAGCAUUUAAAGGAACACAACGAACCGUCCGUCGCCAGCGGGAGGGUUUCGGAGGAGGCGAUGUUGUGGGCUAGGUGGCUCACUCUGACGAACAUGUAUGAUCGGUAUGAGAAGGAAAUUACUCGGUUGAAGAAGCUGGGGAAGAAGGGGCGGGAGGAGGAAGCGAAGAGGCGGGAGGAGGAGAGGAAGGAGCAAAGGGAGAGGGAGGAGAAAGAGGAAGAGGAUAUGCAGGAGUUGAUGAGAAGGCUCACGCGCUUGCGUCCGGCGCAGACGAGGGGUGAAAGGCGGGAGCAGAUGGCUAGUGAGAGGUUGCUGGCAGUGAUUGAAGAGGAGGAGGAGUUGACGGAGGAGGAUCUGUAUUGGGGUGGGCGGUGA